GACUUCUGCACAGUUGCUGGAUCCUUCCUGCCAGCCCUCUGUGGUCUCUGCCUACUGGGCUGAUGUAUAGCUUUCCUUUGACAAGCUGUGGUACCACCACUAAGAUGCUGGGUGGCCGCCUUGUUUAUGAGAAUGAGGUGCGUGUGAUGCCACAAACUGAGCUGGGCAUAAUUACUAGGGACAGCGAAUUCAUCUUGACAGUGCUGUGCUACUAUGAUGACAGUGCGGACAGGAACCUGUCUUUGACUGUUCUGACCAAUGCACCACCUGCCCCUGCUAUAAACCAAGGAAAUCUCACUGUAGUCCUCCGGGCAUAUCCAGAUGAAAUGUUUCAGAUACCCUAUAGAGACCAGGACUACCCAGUUGUGAAAUACCUGAGGGAUCCCAUCUAUCUGGAGGUGCAAGUCCUGAACAGACAAGACCCUAACAUUGAGCUUGUACUGGAGAACUGCUGGGCCACUGCCUCUCCCAAUCCAAGCUCUCUACCCCGUUGGACAGUCAUUGCUGCUGGCUGUGCAUAUGGAGGAGAUGACUACCCAACAGUGAUGCACCUCAUGUCCGACUUCACUGGAAUCCAGUUCCCCAGCCACUACAAGAGGUUUGAUGUAAAGGCUUUUGCCUUUGUAUCCAGUGGAGCUGCCUUGAGUAGUGUGGUCUAUUUCCACUGCAGUGCGUUGAUCUGUGGUAUUGCCAACCCAGACUCUACAGCCUGUGCUAGCAUCUGCCCAGAUACACAACCCCUGCGCUUCAGGAGAAGUAAUUCAUAAUGUGUUCAGCAACUA